AUGAGCGAAGUGAGAUUGCUAACCGAAUUGGUGGCAAAGCAUCGCACCAUCAUUGAAAAUAAAAAGACCGACGCCGUCACGAAUAAAGAAAAAGAAGCGGCGUGGAAUAAAAUUGCGACAUUAUUUAAUGCCGCUACAGGCUUAACAGCACGUAGUACGAAGAGCUUAAAGCUUAGUUCAGUAAGUAAUAGGAGAGCGGAAAAGAAAAGAUCACACAGAAAAUUAAGUUUGGGUCCUUCUAGUUCCACAACUCCAAGAGAACCUAAAGCUGAAUAUUUCUUUUCACCAAUAACAUCACCUAUUAUCAUCAUGAAAUCUUCUGAACAAAAAAUGCAAAAUUUCACUAAUGAUUUGGAAAAUCUUAGAACUUCAAACACUACAGAUGUUAAAAAAAGUAUUUUAGAAUUUCUUUCUAAACAUAAAGAUACUCUUAAUGACUGGGUUAAUCAUACAAUAGCUUUUGCGGGUUUUAAUGCAGAAGUCAUGCGUGCUUAUAUUCUGAGAAAAUCAAGUCUUGAUAGAAUAACACCCCUGUGCAUAAUUGGUUUAAUAAGAAGCAAUUACAUUGAUAGAAUUAAAACCACAAUGAAGAGUAAAGAAUUUACUAAAUGUUUCAAUGAAGCUUGUUCUAUCUUGAAAGUUAAAAAAUCAGUGACAGGAGAUUAUGAAGCAAUCACAUUAUCGAGAAUGAUUGCCUAUUUCCCAGACAUAGUACUGAAUUUCCUACAUAUUCCGGAUUUUACCAUGGCAGUAGAAUAUUCUGAACUACAGACCAUACAUCCUGAAUAUCCCAAAGUGGCUAGGCAUCAAAAGACUCCAGGCACUAGCAGCCAGCCUACUGUACAUCCAAUAACAGCCACAAAUGAUAUUGGACUUCCGACCAUUGAUGACGCAGAUGAAUGGCAACCACCCGCUCCCAAAAGAAAUAAAAUAGAUAGCUUAGCAAAAUUAUUUAUAGAAUCUGAUAGGAAUGCAAGACAGUAUGCUAGAGAGCGUGAUUUGGCGUACGAGAAAUUAGAGAAAGAAAGAAUAGAGUUGCAUGAUUAUGAGAUUCUGUCUUCGAAGUCUCAUGGCUCGGAAUCAGCCGUUUUGCCUGAAGAAUCGUGUGUAGUGCAAGUUUUGGAGUCAAGUGAGCCGCUUGUUACGGCCUCUUCUUCAGUGCCUCAUAGUGACCUAGUGAGAGACUCUAGUGAGCCGCUUGUUCCUUAUACUACGCGAGUGCAAGAGUUGGACUCUGUUGAGCCGUUUGUGCUCCCGUCAUUUACCGCUGAAGAACCAGUUGCUGGUCCUAGUGGGAUGGCUGACUUUAUUAUGCCAGCUGCUCCAACUUUCGAAAGUGAGGAGACACCAGCAUCUACCGCAUCAUCUGGGAGUAGAGUACAUCUCCUUCGCUGCGGCGUGUGCAUUGGCGAGCACCCCACCAUGGGAGUAUGA